AUGGGUUGGGGAAGCAGUGAAGAGCGACUUAGCAGCACCAGCAGUGAGUUGCGCGGUGUGGACAUGUUUGUUUACACCCUUCCAAGUGGUGUACUCGGGCGUUUCAUCGGUCGCGCCCUGCGGUUCCGUGUGGAUCGCUUUAACUUUAGCACUGGCCCAAGCGCUGAUGGGAAUGAUAAGCGCCGGAGCCUUAAGAGUGUGGAGGUGGAAGCGAAUUCAUUAUCACCUCUCUGUGAAGUGGACAAGUUUCAGUUUGAACGACUUCCAUUAACGGUGUCUGAAAUUGUGCGAUUAGAGCGCCGCACGCGUGACUAUGUGUUAGAUGUCACGCGGUAUCCACGUAUUUUAUAUACAGUUGAGGAGGAAACACCAACGGAAGUGAAAGGCACGUUGGAGCUGCGUGGCGAACGGAAGGCAAUCACGUGUACGAAAUCAGUGGAAGGACCGGAACUAAUUGUGCGUUGCCCAAUUGAUACCCGAGAAUUUAAUAUCCCAUCGUAUUCACUCAUGUAUGGCGUGUUUGGUGUCUCGCCUCAUGUACAGGUGGAAACCCGCAUUCCACUUAGAGCGGUUCAACUGCAAGGUUGA